GACAAGCGGUCGCGUCCCCUUUAAACACCUCCUCUUCUUCCCCCUUUCACGUGGUACACGGCAAGGGUGUGGAUUUCAUAGUGCGUCACUUCCGUUCUUCCAGUGGUACAGUGGACCUCCGCGUGGAGAAGGAUAAUGCCUAAGUCAAAGGAACUUGUGUCUUCAAGCUCAUCUGCCAGUGAUUCAGAUAGUGAAGCUGACAAAAAGGCCAAGCGGAAAAAGCAAGCAGCUCCAGAAAAGCCUGUAAAGAAACAAAAGACGGGUGAAAGCUCAAAAGGUGCCGCUUCUUCUAAGCAAAGCAGUAACAAAGAUGAGAAUAUGUUUCAGAUUGGUAAAAUGAGGUAUGUCAGUGUUCGUGACUUUAAAGGGAAAGUCUUAAUUGAUAUUAGAGAGUACUGGAUGGAUCAAGAAGGUGAAAUGAAGCCGGGCAGAAAAGGUAUUUCUUUAAAUCCAGAACAGUGGAACCAGCUGAAGGAACAGAUUUCUGAUAUUGACGAUGCAGUAAGAAAACUUUAAAGAUAGCCAUACAGAAAUCUUUAUCAUUUCAGUUGUUUUAAGCAGUCUUUUUACAUUGGAUUUUGUUUUCUAAAAUAGUGUUUUCAAAGCUAUUGUAUAUUUGGUUUGUAAAACAAUUUGUAAGAUGAAUACUUUUUUUUUUUUUUUAUGUGCAUUUAAAGUGUAUUCUGAGUGAGGCUAUUUGUGUAUACUUUACUAAAAGGAAAUGUGUUGCUUUUACCUCAUGGUGUAAAAUAAAUCAAGUAAUGAUUAAAACAUA